AUGACUUCAAUCACAUCCCAACCCACGCCCACACCCACACAACCAAACCCAUCGACAACGACCCCCUCAAAACGCAAAUCCCCCAACGAGACCAACACAUCCAAUCCCUCCGCAAAAGUCCUCCACUUCACCUCCCGCAACCCAGCCUGGACAUAUCUCAAACUCCAAUUAAUCACCCACCCCUCCUCAACAACCACACCCCUCGACCCUCUCACCGCAAAAACCCACCUCACCGCCGCCCUGUCCCAAUUCCUCGGCCUCACAGGCACAGCCAUCCCCCUCGACAUCCUGAAGACCGCGCCCGCGACAUCCCACGCGCAGACCGUCUGGGUCCGCGUCCCGCGCCCGGACGCGCCGGCCGUCGUCGCGGCGCUGAGUUCCUGGAUUGGGGGUGCGCAGGGGUCGGCGGCGCAGGCGGGGGGUGUGGCGUGGCGGGUGUGCGCGCGCGGCAAUUAUCUCGGUGCUGUGGUACGGGGGUCUGGGGCGGAGUUGUUUGUACCGUGA